UUGUGUUCCCCAAAAUAUUGUGCACCCUAAUAAACUUAUCUGGGGUCAGAGAACAGAACAGCCACUAGAUAUUGAGGCCAGAAAAUGGUGGCACUCAUACCUUUAAUCCUAGCAUUUCAGAGGCAGAGAUCCGUCUGGAUCUCUGUGAGUUCAAAGCCACACUGGAAACAGCUAGGCAUGGUGACACACUCCUUUAAUUCCAGGAAGUGAUGGCAGGAAGCAGAAAGGCUUAUAAGGUGUGAGAACCAGGAACUAGGGCCUGGUUAAGCUUUUAGCCUUUUGAGCAGCAGUUCAGCUGAGAUACAUUCAGAUGAGGACUCAGAGGCUUCCAGUCUGAGGAAGCGAGAUCAGCUGAGGAAUUGGCAAGGUGAGGUUAGCUGUGGCUGGUUCUGUUUCUCUGAUCUUUCAUCAUUCAUCCCAAUACCUGUACCCGAGUUUUUUUUUUUUUUCAUUUAUAAGACCUUUUAAGAUUCAUGCUACACUUCCAGAAGAUGGGGAAGCUGAAUAUGAGUAGGGUCCUGAAUAGCAGCAGGUACACUUAAAUCUUCAGAAAAUAUUCAAAGGUAUUGCCAAAGUAAUACCUUGGAAAUCAAAGAAGUUUAAUUAUCAAGUAUAAUUAGAAGUAUUAAAAACAUUUAAUCACACUGAUGGGCACAUUUGAACAAAUUCCAUACUAUUACCUUGGAAGAGCCAUUGGGAUUUUGGUAUGAACAAUUACCACAAGAAGCUUCCAGUUUUAUGCCUUUUGGAAAGCAAUAGUUGGCUAGUUGAACAUUACUUUAAGCUCCUUUUGUUGUGGAAGAAUGUGAAGCUAUUUUGUGAACUGUAAUAUGCAUAGUAUGAACUACAUGGGAAGAACAUUCUAGUGAGAAGUAAGAGACACAGGGUGCCCAGUUAAAUUUAAAGAAUAUGAAUUACAGGACAACUGGAGACAUCCAUAGCACUCAUGAAAAUUCAUGCCAUGUCUUUGGUCUGUAUAGUAACCUAUCUGAGGACAUCAUUCACCCAUAGACAUAUAUGCACCUCUGUAUGACCAGUUGUGGAAGGAUACCUAAUAAGGGAGCUGAGUGUCUACUCUUGGUAGCUGACAAUCAACCUCUAUUAGCUAUCUGCACUUUGACAAGGCAAAAGAUAGAUUUGCUCAGUGGAAAUUAACUGUAUAUCAUCUUCAGAGAAACUGGAUAAUAGCAAUAAUGAUAUGGUAUACAUUUUUUCAACUCUUUGAUGUUAGAAUAGGGACUGGCAAUAUGGUCUGAAAGAAGGUUGUACGAUGAAAAGUAAUACAUAAGUAGUUACUGACCAUUUUAUGGCCCUGAAGAGGAUAGUCAAAGGGGGGUAAGACCCUGCUCAUGAAAAAAACCACAUUCUGAAUUUAGAAAAGGUUAGGGAUUAGCAGAGGCUCUCUUCACUAGUUCUUUGAAAGUGGGUGACAAGUCUGGGACAAGAGGUGAGAGAGUAUGAGGAGGUACACAAGUAGUGAAGCAUUGUGCGUCCCUUCGUUUCCGUCAGAAAUUGAAAAUGUUAUGUGAGAAUUAUUCUUGUCAAUAGAAUAAACAAUUGGAGACUAAAAGCAGUUAUGGAUCAUGUACUAAUUUCCUAUAGUUGCCUCUCAGGCCCACAGCAGAGUUCUUUAAAAGGAUCCGGGAAGACUCACCAUGAGCAAGAGGAUUACGCUGGCUCAAAACCUUGAUUCUAGAUAAAAAGAAUAUCUCAUGACUCAGAAAGACCCUUGUUUUGGAUUUGCAUGUCUGACAAUCAAAACAAAUACCACAACCAUCAUUAAAGGCUAAUAGGGAAAAUGUUAUAUUAAUUUUAAUGUUUAUUAUCCACUUAAGUAAUUCAAGUAAAAUUAAAUUAGCUUUGUGUCAAAAUAUAUAAUUGGCUUAUAUGAAUUGAUCCACAAAAGAAGCAGGUCUUUUGAAAACUGGAAUCCCCUAUUGAUUAAAUUUCGUGAUAAUAAUGGUAGGGAUGACAAGAAGUUGAUGAGGUAGGUCUCACAAUUCAUCCUGUGGUCAAAUUUAAUACAGGUGAAGAAAAGGGCAGAUUGGUAUAACAUAGAUUAUUGGGAUUAUUUUUUUUAAUAUGGAGAAUUUGUAGUGCUUAUUGAAACAUUGAUUUCUUACUCUUUUUCUUCAACCCUACUUUGGUGGAUUGCAUUGAUGAGUUCUGGAGGGUCAGUUGUGGAACAUGAUCCUGUGAAAUUCCUUCCAAAUAUAAGUACCAAUCAUUCCUUCAGAAUGGGUCAUUCAUACUCUUCAUGUUUGUAAAGUGGGAUUGUGGAGUUUUAUCGCUGUGGUGGAUGAGGCAGGGUUUACUUCUGUGUAUGUCUGAGUCUUAGUGAGAGGUGAUGCAGUGCUGCUCAUGACUAUAUGGAGACAGCAGCUGGAUCUAAGACUCUUGUUUUCUUAUACAUGCUGCACAACCAUCAGCAAGACAGUUCAACUUCAGCAUCCCAGAGUCUACGUCUGUCUAUAGGACAGAAAUGAUCUUAUAUCUCUCCAGACUAUUCUGAGAAUACUGGCAAAUACUUUAAAGGACUAUGCAAAUGAGUAUAGUUAUGUUAUUAAUCCUGUGAGAUAUUUUAGAUAAAUUUAGAACAAUAUGUGAGAUUUUCUGCUUAUGGUAUAUGAGUCUUAAAACCUUCUAAUACUGUGCUAUUAUGAAUGACAGUAUCUCUGCAUCUGAAUACCUGUCCCUAGAAUACACUAAUUACAAGAGAUAAUUAAGUCUGACAACAUUCUCCCUGGAGUUUUGGAAAGUUUUUCAGCUCUCCAUGUUUAUGUUUCUAACUUUGUUAUAAAUAUUUGAUCUCUUCCUAGCUCACCCCAAUAAUGAUUUAAAUUGUCUUCACAUGCUAAUGACUGGCCCUUUGGAAGAUGUUUCUGAAGCUUAAAAUGUAAACAAAUAUUUAGAGCAUAACAAAGACCCACAAGAAACUCUGGCCUGUUUUAUAAUUGUUUUCUAUGAUUUAGCCUGAAUCUUUGGACAAGAGAGUGAGAAUAUUCCAAAUAGGAUCAUCUAUUGGCAUUCCCCGAGGAACAAACUACAGAGUUCUGCUGGAGGACAGGCAUAUUCAUAUGGAGAGAGCCAAUGAUUCCAUGUUGACAGAAUUUAUCUUGGUGGGGCUUUCUGACCACCCAAAGCUCCAGAAAGUUUUAUUUGUGCUAGUUUUGUGCGUGUAUCUGAUAAUCCUGCUUGGAAAUGGAGUCAUUAUCUCAGUAGUUAUCUAUGAUGUGCACCUGCACACCCCCAUGUAUUUCUUCCUCUGUAACCUUUCCUUCCUGGAUAUCUGCUAUACAAGCUCUUCUGUCCCACUAAUUCUCGGUAGUUUUCUGACAGGAAGGAAGAGAAUUUCUUUUCCUGAGUGCAUGGUGCAAAUGUUCCUCUCCUUUGCCAUGGGUGCCACAGAAUGUGUGCUUCUAGGCACAAUGGCACUUGACCGCUUUCUGGCCAUCUGUUACCCACUGAGAUACCCUGUCAUCAUGAGCAAGAGUACUUAUGUGCCCAUGGCGGUUGGAUGCUGGGUUUCUGGGCUUGUUGACUCGUUGGUGCAGACAUCUCUUGCAGUGCAAUUACCAUUCUGUACUAAUAAUGUUAUUCACCACUUUGUCUGUGAAAUGCUAGCCAUUCUGAAACUGGCUUGUGCAGAUAUUUCCAUCAAUGUGAUUAGCAUGGCAGGGUCAAAUCUGCUUUUCCUAGCUGUUCCAUUGUUAGUCAUUGCUAUCUCUUACGUUUUCAUUGUUGCCACUAUUCUGAGGAUCCCGUCCACUGAAGGAAAGCAGAAGGCCUUCUCCACAUGCUCUGCCCAUUUGACAGUGGUGAUUCUGUUCUAUGGAACCAUCUUCUUCAUGUACGCAAAGCCCAAGUCUAAAGCCACUGCUGGGACAGGGCAUCAAAGUGUGAUCGAGGCCCUCAUCUCCCUCUUCUAUGGGGUGAUGACCCCCAUGCUCAACCCUCUCAUCUACAGUCUGAGGAACAAAGAUGUGAAGGCUGCUGUGAGGAACAUGCUGGGAGGAGAACGUCUGAUAAAACAGAAAUGAUUACUUAGACUGUGUGACUCGAUAUUUGAAGCUGUUAUAAACACAAAAUCCAUACAGAUCAAAAUGCCACAUGAAAAUUGGAAACUGUUAAAAUCUUUUGGUUGCUUUUGUUACAGUUAGGUUUUUGUUAUACUUGCAGAAAUGAGACAUAUUGAAAUUUGUAAAAUACACUAUUAUAGAAAUGCAAGAAUGCUGAAAACAUUUUAGUAAUUACUCAGCAAGGAAAAAAUAAACUCUUAAACAUUUAGAAAAUAAUAGGUAAAAUGUUUUAAGAAAUGCAUUUAUUUAAAAUUCUUAAAAGCAGUUCAUAGUGUGUUGUAGGUGCACUGUUGUAGGUACAGUGAAUAUUAACAGGUACAUUCACUUUAUUUACCCACUUAUUUAUUAUUUGUAUUCAAUGUGCAUAUAAAUUACCUGAUGAUAGAAUCUUAUCUGUUCUUUAGCCUACAAUAACCCAACUUAUCAUAGGGUUUGAAACAUAAUAAAUGCUAAAUAUUUUUAAAUAAAUGCAUGAAUCACCUGAUGUAUGAUAUUAGAAAUGUAUUUCUGUCAUACCCCAAACAGCAAAAUUUACUAAAAGAGAAAAUUGAUAAGAUUAAAUGUUUUAAAUACAUUAUAUAUAUUGGUGUGUAGCUGGAGUUUUCUCCAGUUCUGCCUGACCCACGGUCAAGACAAAUCUCUCUUACCCGCCAGUCCUGCAGCCACUCAGACCCAACCGAGUAAACACACAGAGACUUAUAUUGCUUGCAAACUGUAUGGCCGUGGCAGGCUUCUUGUUAUCUAGUUCUUCUAUCUUAAAUUAAUCCAUUUCUAUAAAUCUAUACCUUGCCACACGGGUUCGUGGCUUACCAGUGUCUUACAUGUUGGUACUCAUGGCAGCGGCUGGCAGCGUCUCCUGACUCAGCCUUCCUGUUCCCAGAAUUCUCUUCUCUGCUUGUCCUGCCUAUACUUCCUGCCUGACUACUGGCCAAUCAGCAUUUUAUUUAUACAGAGUGAUACCCACAGCAUUGGUGUUUUGUCACACAAACAUUAUUUAAUAGCUAAGGCAUCACUUUUUUUUUUGUUUUUGUCAUGUUCAUUAUAACUGAGGGGACAGGGUUUUGCAUGCCUGCAAUGAUAGCUUUUCUGAGACUUUGUUCAUAAUGAGAACACAGAGAUGAAAAAGUUCUAAUACUGCAUCCUGUGCUGUAACGUCUUAAACUUCAGGUGACACUGUAGCAGAGCAUGCCUCUUGUAUUUUGAGCUGAGUGCUGGCUGGAAGGAGGACCUCAUCCUGCUCUGUAUGGGAUCACCCACUCUGCUGUACGCAGCAACACAGCCACACAGAGCUGGUGACUGAAAAAACUUGCCAUUUGAGGAUGCGUGGCCAAAGAUCUUGAGCCAAGUUCUUCAAUGAACUUGAUUUGGGAGAUUAGGAAUAAAAAUGAUGGUCCAAAAUGGAAAUUCUGCUUAUUUGUUGAAUAGUGCAAUCAUGUGAGCUAGCACCCAUCUGAUCUAUGAAGACCCCACUUUCACUGAGGGAGUCAUGCUUAGUCAGUACCAAGGAGUACUACCUUAUCUAACUCUGAGGAGCUGUGGUCAUUGAAUAUGGAGUAAAUGACUGCAGCUAUUUGUUGUCAGAGAAAGCUCACAAAACCUUUCUUAUUAAUGGCUUGUUACUUCACAAAGUAAAAUGGGACAAUUCAAAAAAUGGUCUCAUUAACUCAUAUUCCUUAGUUAUUUGGUCAGAGUCUACAUGUCACACAUCAAACAUGUCACAGAAUCAGUAAGUAAACUUAUUUUAAGCUAAACUGUAGAGGUUCAGAUACUGUUACUGUGUCCUAACCAUCCUAAACACACACAUACACACACACACACACACACACAAACACACAGACACAGACAUGGACACACACACACAUACACACACACAGACAUGGACACACACACACACACACACACACACACACACACACACACACACACACUACGGGGAGAAGUUACAAGCUGCACCAAAGUUGGAAGAACUACAGGAAUGCAAUAGUAAUAAAGUUGUCCCAGUGGGAAAUGCCAAUGUCAUCCCAUCAAUGGGUCUUGAGCCUGGUGCUAAUUAGGAGAUGUGAGCCCAGAAAUCUUGCAUUGUGCCUGAACACUCUAAUGAAACAAAGUGGGUUUUCAGAAUCGCUUUUUGGUUUGACAGGAUGUACUCAGCACAAUUGAACCUCAAAUACGUACUGUUACAUCCUGGAAGCACAGAUUUGAAUAUAAGAUUGUCAGGGAAAUAGAUAAGUUCCGUGUCCCAAACAUGUCAAUAGAGUGAUUUCACAAAAGAUGGGGUCAAGCAACUGCUUUUAGAUAGAGCGUAUUUUCUACCUCUACCACCAGCUAAUAAGUCUUCAGAUAGGUGUCCCUUCCUUGUUCCCACUAAACAGAUUUAAAGGCUCCUUGGGAAAACUAAUCCUUAUUUUUAAUCAUUCAAGGUUUAGACAAAAAAAAUAAAUAUAUAAAAAUAUACUGAAUUAACCACUUUAUUGAGACUCCAUGCACACUAUUACCAUAAUCAAGGUAAGUAGGCCAAGCCUAUUUUUGAAAACAACAGUACACUAAAAGAAGUAUGUUAUUCACUAUACAACCUUUAAAAAGGCACUUCACCUUACUUCUUUCUGUAUGUUUUAAGGAGAUAUAUCUAUGUAUAAAAAAAGGUUGAAAUUAAAAGACAGAAAAUGCAUGCUAGGCAAAUUAUUCAAACACUGGUAUUUCUAUAUUAAUGACUAACAAAUGGAUUUAUGACCAAAUAAAAACUAUUUCUAAUAAAGGGAUAGUUGUUUUAUGACAGAAGGUGAAUUUAAUCAAAGAGAUGUACAAUUCUGAAUGGUAGCUCUCCUAACAAAAGAUUUUCAACGGGUAAAAAAUUAAAUGGCCUUUACAUCCUUCUCAAGUAUUAAGACAAUAAACAAAGAUUUAUAAUGGUGUAAAAUAUUUUAGCAAAAAUAAAUCCUAUUCUGAUUGAACACACACUCUUCUAAAGCCUAUGUAGGAUGUUUUUAAAAAUUGAUGUUAUGACAAACUUAUGCAUGACCAGCAAUUUCAAAGAAAUUAUAUUAGCCAGUCUGCACUUCUUAUACUUUAGGCAAUUUAAGGGUAAUUAAUGAAAGAAUCCUUAUAAUCUGGUGCAGUUAAAACACAUUUGUAAAUAACUGAAGAGCAGUAGUAUUAAAAAUGUUCAAUGAUUCUCAUCAUGACAGUCAGAAUGCAUAUCUGCUAUGAACAUCUAAUAUGACCAUGGGAAUACGUUCUAGCUAAAUAUUGUCCUUUUUAUAGGUCAGAGAAAAAAGUUAAACAUUUCAAACUUCAUGAAACAAAGCCUGUGAUUUUAGCUACUUCUGUAACUGUAUUUAUUGUUUAUAUGGUAAUUAUACCAUAAUCUUUGUAAUUUUUACCAUCACUUCCUGUAAAAUUAGCUAUAAUUCAAUAAUAUUGAGUAAUGUAUAAUAAAUUAUGCUAGAUACCCACAUAGCCUUUUAGGAAUAUUCACAUUUAAAUUCUUAGCAGGAUGUUGAUUUCAGGGAAUAGAAGAGAGAAGAAAGGAAACAAAAGGAAGAUGAGUAGAAAAAAAUCAGAGAAUUUAAAUUCAGAGGCAACAUGCCAGGUAUUGUAGAAUAUUCAUAUGAUGCUAUUUCUGAUUAAAUUAUCACAAUAAUAUUGAGAGUUAUAUGACCUCAUUGUUAAUUUACAGACAAAGAUUCUAAGACACACAGAGGUUAACACACUUGGAUGCUUCAGCUGGGUUUCUAUCUUCUUAGGUUGACAGGUCAGUUAGGAAAUCUAAAGUCCAGGUAUUUAUUUGAGUCAGGAAAAUAACCUAAAGUAUGUGAAAUCAUAGAAAAUCUGAGGAGGAGAGGGAGAGUGAGCAGGGGCGGGAGAAGAGGGAAAGGGAGGAGAUUGAUUUUUAAAAUGGAUCCUAGAGAUAAUCUGUCAGACUCCUCUUAUUAAUGGCUUAUUGUUGUUUCACAGAGUAAAACUGGGCAAUUCAAAAAGGAACUUCAUUAACCCAAAUCCCCAGGUUAUAUGGUCAGAGACUACAUGUUACUUGUCACACACCAAACACGUGGCAGGAUGAAACAUGUACCUGUAACGGCAGCUGACCGAUUGGUAGUACCAUUUUUUGGUAAGGACUGUCAAAAUCAAGAAACUGGGCUGCACGGAAGCAAGCAAGAACAUGAACAUGGGUGCAUUCACCUCUCUCUGUUCCUGACUCUGAUGUAAUAUCGUCAGCUAUUUCAAGUUCAUGCUCUGAUGUCCCUCCUAUGAGGGACUGUAGCAUUGCACUGUGAGUCAAAAGAAACCAUUUAUUAAGUUGCUGCUUAUUGUGGCAGAAAUGAAACUAAGACAGUGAGUGCCCCCAAUAUAAAUUUUCAUACCUUAUACCUUUGAUCUUGAUUAUACCUUUGAUUAAUAGUUAUUGGAAGGUAGGAGAAUGUCCUAUCUGUGUUUUACUAUGGGUUUUCUUCAAAGCUGUUAACUGAACAAGUAGAUCAAUGUACAGGAUGAUGACCAAAUAUGGGCUGAUUAUGAAAGAAGUCAUAAAACAGAAGUUUUCUCUGUUCAUGAGCCUGAUACAGCAUCUUCCUCCUGGGGAUGUCAUACACAUGCUUGAACUCCCUCAAGGAGGUGGACUGUAAGCAUUGUGACCAAGGGCUUUACUAAACCAGAAAAACACUGAAUAAACCCAAGGACAAGGCUUUUCAGUGUGGCACUCUUAGGAAGAAGAGAAGAUUGAAGAGUUUUUCACUUGUUAAUAGAGGCAGAAACCCUUUACGUUAUAUCUGAAUGUACAGUUUUAACCUGUGUAGAUGAGAUUAUUGCACCCAUACCUGCCUUGCUUAUAUUCACCUUAAGCCUAUGCAAAUGAUUUCUCUUUCUGAAUCUUAAUGUUCUCAUUUAUUUUGAGUAUUAGACGUACUACUUUAAGAAUCUGUGUUAUGUAGACCUCCCCUCAUGCCAGAGGAUGAUUUAUUGAACAAACCCAAAACAAGAGAUUAGGGGGAAUUCAGUUGCUAAUGGUAACAAUGGAUUUCCAGGAUGAGGGAAACCAACUAGCACAGAACCACUGAUUCUGGGCACUCUGUUUGAUGCUUCAGAUAAUAUGAUUCGUUGUGCAAAUAUAACACAUCAUGACUUUUCAGCAUGUGAAAAAUUCAAUGCAGCCAUUUCCAACC